AACAGGAGGCCGUCAUCAGGAGCAGUCGUUGGGUUGAGGCCGCCUGAGGUUACACAAUACGACUUUCAACCAUACAUUUAACACAACACAUAUUAAUAAUAUUACACUCGAUAAACAGCCAUGAAUCCUGACAUUCUAAAAGAGCGGAGAAAUGCAACUUUUGACGUCGAGAAGCUGACCAAUAUUUUGGACGGAGGCGCAGAUAAGACAAAAAGACGGCGAGAAAUAGAGUCAAUGGUUCUAAGUGACCCUGACUUUAAAGAGAAAGACCCAAGCUUCCUGUCCCGCAGUGAGCGCUAUGACCAGGCUGUCAGGAAAAGUGCCCAUAUGAUCCAAAAGCUAAGAGAGUAUGGCAUUGCUGACCCUGAGGAGAUCUACUGCUAUAAGAGUAUGAUUAAGGGUACUGAACGUGAAGCCCUGGGGCUUCACUUUUCAAUGUUCCUCCCAACCCUGUACACCCAGUGUGACGCUCAGCAGUUGAAGAAAUGGUUACCUCUGGCAGAGUCCUACCAGGUCAUGGGCACAUACGCCCAAACUGAGAUGGGUCACGGCACUCACCUCAGAGGCCUUGAGACCACAGCUACUUACGACCCUGCCACACAGGAGUUUGUUUUAAACAGUCCAACAAUCAGCUCCAUCAAAUGGUGGCCAGGAGGACUUGGAAAGACUUCAAACCAUGCUAUAGUUCUGGCUCAGCUUUACACUCAUGGAAAUUGCCAUGGCCUUCAUGCCUUCCUUGUACCCCUCCGUGACAUGAAGACACAUGUUCCUCUGCCAGGUGUCGUAGUUGGAGACAUCGGCCCCAAAUUUGGCUUCAAUGAGGUUGACAAUGGCUACCUGAAACUGGAAAAUAUAAGAAUCCCCCGAGAAAAUAUGCUGAUGAAAUAUGCCAAGGUGGAGCCAGAUGGAACUUAUGUGAAGCCACCAAGUGCCAAGCUAACCUAUGGCACCAUGGUGUUCAUCCGCUCCAUGAUUGUGGGAGAGUCUGCUCGAGCUCUGUCAAAGUCGUGUACCAUCGCCAUCCGCUACAGCGCUGUUCGCCACCAGUCUGAAAUCAGAGCAGGAGAGCCAGAGCCUCAGAUCCUGGACUACCAGACACAGCAGUACAAGCUGUUUCCUCUGCUGGCCAUGGCCUAUGCCUUCCAUUUUGUUGGCCAGUAUAUGAAGGAGACCUACCAACGCAUCAGUGGAGACAUCAGUGGGGGGGACUUCAGUGAACUGCCUGAGCUCCAUGCCCUCUCUGCGGGUCUGAAGGCCUUCACAACGUGGGAAACCAACUCUGGCAUUGAGGUGUGCCGCAUGUCAUGUGGUGGCCACGGCUACUCCUGCAGCAGUGCUCUGCCAGACAUUUAUGUACAGUUUACCCCUACAUGUACCUAUGAGGGAGAGAACACAGUCAUGAUGCUGCAGACCGCAAGAUACCUGGUAAAGAGCUAUAGGCAGGCUAAGGCAGGCCAGCAGUUGAGUGGCAUCGUCUCCUACCUGAAUGAAGCACAGCAUCGAAGGGUCCAGCCACAGCCCGUCGCUGCCAGACCAACCGUGGUUGAUGUAAACGACCUGGCUAGCCUGGUGGAGGUGUACAAACUACGAGCUGCAAUUCUGGUAGAACUGGCAGCUAAGAGCAUCCAGCAGGAGCUGCAGCGCAGAAAGAGCCAGGAGGACGCCUGGAACAACAGCGCCAUCGACCUGGUCAGAGCCUCAGAUGCACACUGUCACUAUGUUGUUGUAAAGCUCUUCACAGACAAGCUGCGUGUUAUUGAUGACACAGGUGUCCACUCAGUGUUGUCCACCCUGGCUCUGCUUUAUGCUCUGCAUGGCAUCACAAAGAACUCUGGAGACUUCUUACAGGCUGGACUGCUGAGCGUGCCUCAGGUAAUGCAGAUCUCAAUCCGUAUCAAGGAGCUCCUGUCCCAGCUGAGGCACAACGCCGUGGCAUUGGUAGAUGCAUUUGACCACAAUGACAAGAAGCUGAAUUCAGUCCUGGGACGAUACGAUGGGAAUGUCUAUGAGAACAUGUUUGAGUGGGCUCGGAGCUCUCCUCUCAACACCACAGAGGUCCAUGAAUCCUUCCACAAGUACCUGAAGCCACUGCGCUCCAAGCUGUGAGCUGACCAUUGCACCUUGUUUCCUGGCUGUGACCCUUCAACCUAUCUUUAAACCCCACUUUAACAGUGUUUCAUCAUUCCCAUGAGCCCUGCCCUACCCUACUUUGCUCACUCUAUACAUGUGGUCAAAUUUAACACCACGGUCAGCCUCUAUAAAGCCUACGCUAUCAUGUUUGAAGGUUAGUUCUCCAUGGUGAUCAGGGAAGAUGAGAGGGAAAUGCACUGGAAUGUUGACAGAUGGUGGACAAACUUAUCUGAACGAUACUUUUAUGAUGAUAAUCAGAAUAUUUUAAGUACUUAUUUUAGGCCCUAAAGUAGCUUUAAGAACUCUAAAACAAAUCAAGUAUUUGUGGAUUCAGAUUGCCAUGUUUCCUUUAGGCGAAUUUUCUGCUGGGUACCUGAUGGGUCCACUGUGUUAGCCAGUAAGACUAAAUUGCCUUUUUUUUUGUUUUCUAACAAGUACAGAAUGAAACUAUAAGUGUUACAUAAUAUUAGAUCAUUUUAUCUUAGGAACAGACCAACUGCAAAAUCAGAUUGUUUCCCUUGACUACAAGAAACAGCCAGCAUGCUGUCUAAAUAGACACUGCGCUGUUCUAAGAUUUAUCAGAGAAGCAUUUGUUAACCAAUGAUAAUUAAUGCCAUAGAGAAGGAGGCCAAGUUGCACACAGCUGAUGCAAUGUCACGUCUUCACAAGAAUACAGAAACCCAGUUACCCUCUUAUACACAUGGAUUAUGGUGCAAUAUGACAAAUUUAAACAGCAGUCCAUUGAUCCUGUAGAAACAACAGAGAAGAUGCUCAAUAAAGGAGACUGUUUAAAACGCUCUGUAGGUAAGAUGUCAAAACCAAUCUUUACAAAAGAGAGAACUCUACUUGCGCCUUUAUAGCUUUAUAAUUACUGUACAUUUUUUCAAAUGAUUCCUCACAGCCUUAAGUUGUUACUUUUCUAAAAAAUGAAAGAUUUACUGACGUUAUUAAAUAGGCUAGAGGGGUGUGACGUUGAAACUUCUCUUUUCACUGAUGAGAGUUGAGUGGCAUUCACACAAUAUGCCAAAAGUUUUACUUGAUGGAGAAAAAAAACCUUAGAAAUAUUUUUGCUGCUGUAUUAAAAAUGAAAACAGUAACCGUCUGCAGUCAUUCCUAGUCACACCAGCUGACAUUAUUUUUUUGUGAUGAAUAUCAUUGUCAGUUCCUAGUUAUUCACUUUAAAAAUAUUGUAUUUUUAAUCCAUGAGUUGGAUCAUGAGAUUGAAUGACUUGAGAUUCUGUAUCCUUGUGUUAUUGAAUGUUAAUGUGAGAUUGAAGUAACCUUGCAAAGCAGAUGGAUACACCUGUUUCCUUGUUUUUCACUGACGAAUCCUUCUUGCAAAACUCCCGUGUGAACCGUUUGGGCCCGGUUAGAAAGUGACAGGACCAAUCAGCGACGAGGGGCAGUACUUUCAGGCACAGCAGAGUCGUGACUUAAACAAGCAGCAGCAAGAGCUGGUGCAGUUAUGGAGGAAGAU